CCAGGUAGUCUGAAGUCAUGGCCAUCCUCUUCGCUGUCGUGGCGAGGGGCACAACCAUCCUUGCCAAACAUGCCUGGUGCGGAGGAAACUUCCUGGAGGUGACGGAGCAGAUCCUGGCGAAAAUACCCUCUGAGAACAACAAACUGACCUAUUCACAUGGGAGCUAUCUGUUUCAUUACAUCUGCCAAGACAGGAUUAUAUACCUCUGCAUCACGGAUGACGACUUCGAACGAUCCAGAGCCUUCGGCUUCCUGAAUGAGAUCAAGAAGAGGUUUCAGACCACGUAUGGCUCGAGAGCGCAGACGGCCCUUCCCUAUGCAAUGAACAGCGAGUUCUCGAGUGUCUUAGCGGCGCAGCUGAAACACCACUCGGAGAGCAGGGGCACGGACCAGGUGGCAGAGACGCAAGCUCAAAUCGAUGAACUUAAAGGAAUCAUGGUUCGAAACAUAGACCUUGUGGCACAAAGAGGAGAGAAGCUGGAGUUGUUGAUCGAUAAAACGGAGAAUCUUGUGGAUUCGUCAGUCACUUUCAAAACUACCAGCAGGAACCUUGCGAGAGCCAUGUGUAUGAAGAAUCUCAAGCUUACCAUCGUCUUCGUCAUCAUGUCAGUUGUUGUCCUCUACAUCAUCGUAUCGGUUGCCUGCGGUGGCCUCGCGUGGCCAAGCUGCGUGCAGAAGUAACUGGAGGCAGCUGGUGCUGGUCGUGUGGAGAUGGAAUCGCGGGAGCGUGAAGAAGCAACCUACGGAUUAACUCUCGGUCUUUCACUACUGACACCUUCUCAUCCUUCCAUCCCUCCAGGGCUGCCGGCUCCUUGCCUUACUACCCCGAGCAGGCCCGGCCGGUCACGCUCCCGGGCAGCUCCGGCCUCAGGAAUGGGCUCGUUUAAAUUACUUG